AUGGUAAUCUUCAGGAUUGCUCGACAGAAGAAACUACGGAAUUCGAUGUACUCCAGGAAUGGUACAAAACGCUGCGCGCGUUGGGUUUGCAGAAGGCAACCCUCAAAUAGUUCCAAUCGUUUUUUGAUCAAAAUUUUGCAACAGAAUUGCUUACGAGAAGAAAUUUGGUGGUACCAAGAUACCGAGAUGCUCUCAGUUGCGAUGCUGCCAAUUUUCCGGGAAGAAAUGCUUGAAAAAUCCGAAUGCAUGGCACAUGAAGCAGUCCCUUCCACUGCUCCUGCUCCGGCCUCGGUGAAGAAGGCUCGUUCUGGAAGCGGAGAUGGUGCAAAAAAAGCAGCAAAAACUGCAAAGCCAAACGACGUGAAAAUCAGUUCCAAUGAUACCCAAAAAAAGGUAUACAUAACUGUAUUAUUGUUAAGAAAAACUGUGGAAGCAUCACUCCACCCCUUGCUUGCCGUAUGGAGGAUAUUCGCCGGGAUUCUCCUGUAA